AUGGCGUCGCAACAAAACCUCUUCUCGCCCGCCGAACUCGCAUAUCUGCACCAGUCGCUCUCUUUACACCCCCCAAUCCGACCCGAUGGACGCAGUCCUACGCAAUUUCGCCCUUUGACCGCAGAGACGGGUGUACUUCCCGGCACAAAUGGUAGUGCGCGCGUGCAUUUCGCGGACGGCACGGAGGCCAUUGUAGGAGUCAAAGCUGAGAUCGAAAAGACAGGAGGUAGCCAGGAGCAGCAUGAUGACCAAGACAGGUCAAGGAAUGAUUGGCUUGAGCUGGCAGUAGAGAUCCCGGGUCAGAGGGAUGAUGAAGCCUCCACAGUGUUCUUGGCCGAGAUGUUGAGAGAAGCGUUGUUGGCCGAUAAUGAGUUUGCCAAGAAGCUGAGGAUCAACAGACGGUUUCACUGGAGGCUAUACCUUGAUGUUCUUCUAAUAUCUCCUCCGCUGUCAUACCCUCUACCGCUACUCUCCCUUACAACACAUCUCGCCCUUUUGGCUACGCGCCUGCCCCGGCUCAAGUCCGAGGGCGACGAGGACCCGAUGUUUGACGAUGACUGGGAGUCUUCAACCUUUUUGUACCCUCGCGACGGUGUCGAAGCAGAGGGAUCUCGACCACCUAUCACGCUACUCGUGGUUGCGAUUGGCGACAACACCAUUUUCGACCCUGCCAAGGAGGAACUCGCUGUUGCAGAGAGCGCGCUGGCUGUAUCCGUGGCUGAAGUCCGAAAAAUCAAGGCAGACGGUGAAAUGGAUGUUGAUAAGAAGGGCCGCGAGCUCAAGUUGCUGUCGAUUCGAACCGUCGAUCCUCCAUCGAGAUUGACCCCACCUGGAGUACCGCAUAUCACGAAUAACUCGGCUCAGAAGGGUGAAGCUCAAACGACCGAGGGUGUCUGGAAGGCACCACUAGGUGGAACCAAGUUUGGAGUAAUGGAUGGUAUAAUACAGUCUGUACUGGAAAAGGGUGGUGUUGUAGACGAGGUUCUGGAUGGUUUGGAGGGUGUCGAGCUCUCAUAA